UAUAGGAGUUAGGCUAAGCGACCAAGUCAUCCAAUCGUGUCCUCGGAGUCCAGAGAGAAACUACUUGACCUGGAUUCUCAAUUUUCCUUUGAUCGACUUCUCAAAUCGACCCUAUAGCAUGAUGCUUACAGAAAGAAGAGUUCAGUUAAUGCCCAUUUGUAGUCGGAUUCGACUCAUACGGGGUAUCAGAAUAAAUUCUGGCAGCAUAAUACGCAUGCAUACAGCGAGAUGGCUCUGUCGUCAAGUGAGCCAUCUCCUCUCCUUUUGUCUGUCGUUUCCCUCGGAGGAGCAUAUGAUGUAUAGAUAUUCAACAAUAAGCGGACCCUCUCGACGGAUACGGCUAGGCGCGCUACAGGGAGCCAUUUCUGGAUUAGACUUUGAAUUCAGGUGGAAUAGACAUAUGCAUAGGGGACAGGAACGCUACGGAACGAGGCUGUUCACCGACGCUGAGACCCGCACGAGCCAAGCUGCCUUGGGACAAUUGCGAGCCUCCGAGCUGAUAUCACUACCCAUCCUGGACCCUCAAUUACCUAACUAUUCCAUCCACAGGAUAAUUCAGGAAUUUAAUUAUCGUGUAGAGUUAGAAUGCAGUCUGCACGACAUGAGCCUAUAGCUGAUCGGCGGCGGUGAAUCUCUGGUCACGAUCCCCUACCUGACCUGGAUUGUACUAGCCCACCGUGUAUUUGUUGCAGACCGUGUAUAAGUAUGGAGGCCCCGCAAUCAUUCCUCCUUUCCUCGAAGCAUCGUAUUUAUCAUACGCCGAUUCAUCUAUACCUUCGCA